CCUUGCCCCUCUGUCUGUGUCUCUGUGUUUCUGUGUGUGAGCAGUAGAGAAGAGGAACCCGCCGGCAGACUGACUGACUGCUUUCAGUGCUCUUUUCAUCGCCAACUCCGGCGUGGAAAACAAGUUUCAUGUUGCAGCGAGGCUUUAGAGCGAGUCCGCUGGAGCUAGAGGCAUGAUCCGGCGCGGACUGGGGCUUCUGUAGCUGCUGCUCUGGGGUGAAGGCUGGUGGGUCCCGGGUCUUUUCGCCGCUCGUUUUUCGGUGGGAUUCGGAUUCGGGGGCGAGAGAGGGGGUGAGGGGAGCUGGGGCUGGAGGCCAGAGCUCUGUAAUGCGCUGCGCUGCGCUGAAACUGCAAGCUCAGGCGAGAUAACCGCAGAUAAACCGACGCUAGCUGGCUGAAUCCACUACAGCAGCAGCAGCUCCAGCUCCGUGUAACGGCUCUAACGGAACUCGCUCGAGACGCCGCAGAGAUGUGGCGGCUGCUGUUCUCCGGUAUCGUGGUCUUUCCCGGUCUGUUCAUCGCCUUUAGGAAAGUCCUGCCGGCUGUUUUUAAGCGGUGGACCGAUGCGGACGUCGUGCUGGUCAGUGAGAGGCUGGUCUCCUCCAUUCAUGCCAUUAUGGCCACCACGGCUGGAAUCAUUGUGGUGUCCUCAUGCAGGAGCAACGUGAUAACAGACAGGCACUGGCUGGUCACCUCGUUUGUGAUCUGGUAUGGAGUGCCCUAUAUGUCAUAUGACAUCUUUGCCAUGUACCUCAGCCACUUCUAUCGUUUUCGGGUCAAAGGUCAUGAGGAUUAUAAAGGUCACUCUUUAAGGACUAUCAACUCGUUUGUGAGGAAAGAGUUCCUGCUGGUCCUUCAUCACAUUGCACUCCUCACCAUCCUCCUGCCUAUUACGCUGUUCUUUAGGAAGGACCAGGGUGAUUACUUCAUCGGCUGCCUCUUCCUCACAGAGCUCAGCACACCUUUCGUCUCACUGGGCAAAAUCCUCAUUCAGCUGAGUAUGCAGGAGUGCUGGCUGCACAAGAUGAAUGGAGGCAUGGUGCUGCUGAGUUUCUUCCUGUGCCGCAUCGUGCUGUUUCCCUACAUGUACUGGGUGUACGGUUCACACUACGGCAUCCCCCUCUACAGCGUUCCCUUCCACAUCCCUCUCUCAGCCAACCUGGGCAGCCUCUGCAUCCUCUCACCACAAGUCUACUGGUUCGUCCUGCUGUGCCGAAAGGGUUACCGGCUCUACAAGCGUCAGUGCAACCAGGGUUCACCUAUAUCAUCAACAGAGCAGCUCUCCAAAACAGAUUAGUAGCACGAGGACAAUCACGGCAACAGUUUAAAAAAGAAAAAGAAAAACGUCAACAUCAACCGCUAGGAUACUCCAGGACUGUACUGCAACUGCUUCUGCUAUCACUUCAUGUAUUAUAAAAGGACUAUUAGUAUUUUUCUCUACUCUUGCACACUCUUACACACUCCUACACUUAUAUAUGGCUGUUCAAGUGCUGCUCCGCCCCAGUUAAUUGGAGCAUACACCUAGGUUGAUCUCCAAAUCCACCAUAUCUGAAGCUCCUUUAUGACCUGUAGUAGGCAUGGUCAUGAUAAAACCCUGCCUCCUUCAUUUGUCUUUAUGAUGUACAGAUAUGUGGAGGCAAGGGGCUAGAAGGCAGAAGAAGAGUGAAAACGGCUCUGCGAGAGGUGUGCCCCCGAAUAAGUCAUAUAGAUCAAAGGUCAUGAACCUCUCUCAUUGUUGUCUAAUUAUUUAGAUAUUGAACACUGGAUGCUGGAGAAUUGUUCGCAGUUUGGAUUGAUGUUACUGGAAUUAAGUUUUUUUUUUUUGAGGGGUCAACCCCUAAAACAAUACAUCGCCCUCCUUAGAAGUUUGCAAGAGGUUUGUUCAUGUAUUUUGGAGGGUGGAAGAAGGUGUUGGACUUCUCAGACAUCUAUGAGUGGCCUCCACAGACUUAUACUAGUCCAGUUUCACCAGCACUGAUUAUCAAAACCCUUACAUCUACCUGUAUCAUUUCAGUAUAUAAAAUAUAAAUACUAUAUUAUUUUUUAAAUAUAAUUUAUCUUUUUUUUCCGGCCCCAUUCUUGUUUUGCAUUGCUUGGCCUCACCCCAUGCGUUGCUCUCCAGAUGCCUCUUGGCUCACAUGGCAAACAUAUCCACAGCUGCAGCUCUGCUGUUAUCUUUGUUUACGAAUGAUCGCUAGUGAUCUGUUUUCAUGCACAAACACACAAACACACACUGCCCUCCUAUGACUGUUCAUGCUCUUCAUCUACACUCCUUACAAGUGCGUCAAAAGUCUUACAGUGGUGAACCAUACCUUCUUACCUUCUAUCCUGUAUGGAGAAGGGCUUUAGAAAACCUGUGACUGCUCGGAUCCACAGGGGGCAGCAGAGUUUCAGGUCACGUGUUUACACACAUUUUAUAUUUCACAAAGCAGGAUUUGUUAGUUAACCAGAUUUGGUUAAAUAUGGUAGAACAGAGGAGGUGGCCUCAAGUGAACAAUAGUACAGUUCAAUUGCAGUUUUUUUUUUUUUUUUUUUUUUUUAAUAAAAAUCUGAGGCAGGCUAUCGCCACCCAUUAAACAAUAAAAAAAGACAAAGAGGUAGUCUGGCUCUUCACAUGCACACGUGUUGUGCUGCAGUACAAGUGCAACAGAUUACGCCAGUGAUUCCCGUAUCUACCGUAACUGUAGAUUAACUCUUAUUUAUAAGGAGAAAUUAAGGAAUCCAGGGGUGAUCUAUUGCUCUUAUUCUGUUGCAUGAUGUUCAUGCAUGCAAAGGGGAGUCUAAUUCUGUCAGGAGGGCAGAAUUCGGCACAGCCUCUAGAAAGGUAACUCAUUGAUUUGAUAACACACUGUCCAAUGCACAUUCUUUUGCAAACCAGUCAGUACCAAGUAUAUUGUGAAGCUGGCCACAUAGGAUGUAGGAUGUUCUUUUGUGCACUCGAAGUCACAAAACUACAGUGUGAAACCAAAACUAACUGGAUACAAAAUGUAUACAAUGUAAAACAUGCAACAACCUUGAUUCAUACUUUGGGCUAAAAAUGCUCUUAAGCUCAAAAGUCAGGUCUGUGCAGUAGUGUUUAAAUUGUUUUAAUUUAAAGCAGAUUCUGACUUUUGGCCUUAAUGUAUCCAGUUUUACUAAGAAAUCCUCCUUUGUGGAAUAUCUCUCAGAUAAUAUCAGUGCAGUUGCACUUUUGCCAUGAUGACCGAGGCUUCUGUGAGCUCCUGGACUGUUACAUGGGGGUGGGGUGCUUGCAUAGGCGGGAAAGGGGGGCAUACAACACUUGGCAUAUCUUUCAGGUCACUUAACUCCUGGGGGGCAUCUCUGGGCAACAGUUAAAGCAAUAACGCUGGACGAAAGUCAAGGGAUUAUGAGUAGUUAGUUUAAUAGUGCUGUCAGAAUGGGGCCAGGUCACAGAGAGCUUGAAAAGCUGCAUUGCUCUCUGCUCCUAACAAUAACUUUUAUAUUCCGGCAAGAAAAAUGAAAGAAACAGUGUCCAGUGCUUAUCUUAUAAAUGGGUUUCCUGGAGUUUCUCUCUUGGUAUUGCUUUAAGAAGAUGACUGACCGGCCUUUUAGAAGGCGACAAAUCCUUCAGUGUCAUCACAAGGCUGUUUAAUCUCUUUUAGCUGAGGCUGAAAUUAGACUGCAGUUGACCUAUCAAUUGAGCUCCGCCCACAUAUGCGACAUGGCAACUGUUGCCAAGUUGGACAAGCAUUACAGAAUAUUGGCAAAAAUUUGCAUUUGGCAUUUAACCUGUCCUUUAGCUUCUCUUAUGAUGCACAAUUAAAGCAGGGCGGCAGCUGCUGACUGGUCUUCUGUACAAAUGAUUUAGAGUGAAUUAUCUUUAGCCAUAGCAUGGAACUCCAAGACCUUCUUCAAAGGGCAUUAGCAUUUCCUGAACACAUCUUUCAUAACACGUUUUCAGCAAAUGCAGAUGAUAUAAAUACACUAUAAAUUUAUUAUAGUACCUCUUGGAUUACAUUUAAGCACUUUUAGCAGCACAUACCUUUAAAAUGAUUUUCAUCUCAGAUGAGCAUAAGCCAGUGGCUGCCUUUAGUUUCUACAAUAGUAAAUCUAGAUUUUUUUUCUUUUCAUCUGGAUUGAAACACUGAAAGCUUAUAUCUUUUCUACGUAGGAGAUUAAAUCAAUGUAUACAUGCCUAUUGAGCUUUAGCGUCUACAACCUGCAGUGCAUUGUGUUUGUUCUUUUGUUCACACAGUUGUACCUUUUUUUUUUGUCAUAUGGCCAGUUUCUUCCCUUCUGAAGUUCUUGCUGAAGCCAGUUUGUUUUCUACCAAUCAGAUGAAGAACAGCUAAAUAUCUCUCUCUUCAUCUCAUUGGCUACCAGUCAUCUCCACUCAGAAGUCUUAAAGUCUUAAUGAUUUGCCAGAUGUAGUUAUAUGGCUGAAAGCUAGUGGCCACCACUUUCCGUAAUGCCAUUUGUGGAACUUCAUUUUACAUACACAAGACCCUGUUUAUACCUGGUCAGUUCAAGCAUGUUGAGGAUCAGGAUUAUAUCUGCAUAAGAUCAAACCACAUAAAAUGCAAGUGUUAACACACACAGUAAAACACAUUAAAAUAAAUACAAAUCUUAUCACUCUAACAACUUCAAGAUCUGGUUUGAGACAAAUCUGGGCCACAUUUUACUCACAAGACAUAUUUGACAAACCAAACACCUCACAACACAGCUAAAACACUAUUAUUUAUUGCACAGCUACCGAAUUUGCAUAUUCCAUCCCACACAGUAAAUGGAUUUCGGUUUGAGUUACCAGAGACAAAAAUCUUAGCAGGACGCUAUCCAGAUACUAAUCACUAUAAUGAAAUGACCAGGUGUAAAUCUUGAGUGUCACCUUUUGACUUCUGAGGGGAAGGGAAUGUGUGCAUGUUCUCAUUACUGUGAUUUACACAUACAUACACUUCAUGUCAUAUCAUAUCCAAGUAGCAUUUUAAGUAAAUAAUUAAGGUCAGCUUCUGUAAGCUUACUGCUAAUCAUAUCCCGAUAAUCACGCUUUUAUUCUUCAGAGAGAUUUUUAACAGUAAUUUAUAAAGAAGUCUUAGGCGUAGUCUAAUAGAAGGCUUCCUUUCUGCUCAGGGUUCAGUGAAGUCGAUGUUAACUUCUAUGGAUAGAGGUUUAUUUUAGAUACGAAAGAUAAUUUAAACUGUGAGUUUAAAAAGUGACUGUAAAAUGGAAAAAAGACACAAGCUGAGACUGAAAAUGGCCAGCAAGACACAAUUGAGUCCUGCUCCGGUGCUUCGUUUGUUUUUGUUGGCUACUUUUCUGACAUGAUUUGUGAUAUUGCAACAAUAGGGUUGGUAGACCAAAGAUUGUCAGGCACUUUACUCAACGAUAACAAAGUUAACCAAGACCGAAGAGAACGCAUGACACAGUACUGUAGAUGA